CGUAGUGUGCCGUGCCGCCGACGCGUUGUGACCAUAGAACAAAUAAUACUUUGCGUCGCUUGUGACAAUAUUAACCUUUCGUGCGUGCAAGUAUUGCGACGGCAGCAUAAUAAUAAUAAUAAUAAUAAUAAUUACCUUAAUAAUUAUACAGUAUAUUAUACACGAUUAUCACUCGCACACGCGCAUGUACAGUAUUCACCAUUCAGUACAGCCAGUACACUCCUCGACGCUAAGCGUUGAAUGCUUGCUCCCUGUACACGGAUCGUGACAAAAACGACGACUACACGACAGCGUUGGUGGAUGGUUUGGACAAUAUUCGUAUCUCACCCGACACGAAAAUUAGUACGGAGAUGGCUCUCGCAUUUGGCUCCCUAUCUCGUGGGCGACUGCUUACACAUUGUCGAUGACUGAUGGAACUGACGACUAAAUGCUACUGUGCCGUUACAAGUGCUGAAUGCUAACGCAAACAUCGACAACCGCAAUGUUUAUUAUGACCAGUAUGACGGUACAACCAAAGCCACUGCUACUGCAUUAAAGGCUGUUGACAGAAACUGCAAGGGAUACACACAACAAUGACUGCUAUAGUAAAGUUAUUCCGCAAGGAAAUGGUCGCAAUGACUGUUACGUUAGUGCUGAUGCUGCUAGUCACCACUGCAGCUGCAUCUGUAUUACCAAGCGAACCGGUGGUGACCGCUGAACAAGGGCCUGCCGGACAGCAGAAAAAACUUGGAGGGCAUAUGUCAGCUAAGGAUCUGUACCACUCAAUGGAGAUGGGCGAACAGGAAAGACUUGAAAGCCUCGGUGGCAACGCCGACGAGGAGGACGAUAGCGAAAAAGAUAGUGGUGAUUCGCUACUGUCCAUGACGGGCGGUGGUGACGACGACAAUGACAUCGACCAAGAGAAUCUGACUGAUUUGCUGACUUGCAUGUCAUGUUCGGGUGAGUUGCCUGCGCAGUGGGACGAGCGAAACGCUCACUUAAACGAACAGUCGUACUGUUUGUCCGACGGAGGCCAACCAAUGACGCAAGACAACGGUAACUUGGAUAAGGUAGACGAAGAAAUAAACUUGUGUUCAGGGGCCGUGCGCUGCUGGAAAGCAAAAGUACGCGAAAACGGUGGCGUCGUGCGCAUAAGUCGUGGCUGUAUGGGUGGUGGACAUGGUGGUGGCCACCGACAUUCAACCCGAACCAAAGCAGAACUGCAUCCUUGCAUGGGUGCUAUUAGUAAUGAUUCGACGACAAAUAACAAUGAUAGCUCAAAGCAACCUCGGUCCAUGGUUUGGACGUCGUCGCAUACUUAUUCAUCCGCGUCCGCCGGCCAGCCACAACCACCUAGUUAUACAAUCGAAUGUUGCAACGGCCGUGAUCGCUGCAACGACGGCCCGUUUCCAUCAUUAUCGGGCGGCAGCUUUUCAGUGAUAGACGACAAAGGUUCUCUGCUCGCGGCUGUGGCUUGGUGGCGAUGGUCAUCCAUCUCUGUGGCGGCGUUACUGAUCGUCGUCGUUAUCGUGGCCACAUUCACGUUGAAGAAGAGGAAACGGCGAAAUAGAAGCAGUAGAAGGAGCAAACGGCGAAAUCGGAGUACUCGCCACGAUGACGAUGGUAAUAGUGAUGACAGUGAUAAAAAGAGACCCCGACAUUUGUCGCUUUCGUCAAUGUCGUCGUCGUUGUCAUCAGUGGUGUCAUCAUCGUCUUGUUGCGAAGGGAAGAAGAGAAGUAGGAGGAAACAACAUAACGUGACCGCUUUAACCAUGGUCGACUUACUCAAGGGCGUCGUGGUAACCAACGAGAAGACAGCUGGUGAUGAAAAUACAUACGGCAGUAGCAGCAACCGACCGUCCUACACAAUAGAGUACUCACCGGCUGCCAUGACCGAAUUUACGGUCGAUGAUGACGUUUUGCCGCCACCGUACCAACGACGGAACGACAACCUUCCAAAAGAUUUCCAAGAAGAUACCAGUGGCAGCGGGUAUGGUAUGCCCGUGCUGGUUCAACGUACUAUGGCCAAGCAGAUACAACUCGGGCAACUCGUCGGCAAGGGCCGUUAUGGUGAGGUUUGGCGAGCCACUUACUGGAAUGGUGGUCAUGAGCACGUGGCCGUCAAAAUAUUCUUAUCGAAAGACGAGCCAUCGUGGAAGCGGGAAACAGAAAUCUACAGCACGGUUCUGAUGAGACACGACAAUAUAUUAGGUUUUAUUGGUUCCGACAUCAUGACUUCAAGCAACUCAUACACGCAGUUACUACUCAUUACCCAUUAUCAUGAACAUGGAUCAUUAUACGAUUUUCUGCAGACCCCUGCCGCCGUAGCCGCUGGUGCUACGUGCAAUGGAUAUGACAUCGACCGCGACAGGCCGCCGCUCACGGUGGACCAAAUGUUAAACGUGCUGUACACUGUGGCCUGCGGGUUGAAUCACCUGCACAAUCAAAUCCAUGCCACACAGGGUAAACCAGGAAUCGCGCACCGGGACAUAAAGAGUAAAAACGUGCUGGUAAAAUGCGCAAAGACGGGCGCAUGUUGUGUAGCUGAUUUUGGAAUGGCCGUCACUAGCCAGGAUGCGACGCUCCCAAUUCAAUUAACGGCAGCCGCGGGUACCAACCAAAAUACGAGAGUGGGCACAAAGCGGUACAUGGCGCCUGAGGUUUUGGAUGACAGUAUAUCCACCUCGAUUGCAUUGGCAUUGGCUUCUGCGUCCACUACGGCAACGGUGGCGUCUUUGACCUCCUCCACUGCUGAAUCUAUCGCCGCUGCUGAUUCUUCUUCACCCGCAUAUCUGUGCUUCAGGGCGUAUUGCAGAUGUGACAUGUACUCAUACGGACUUGUCAUGUGGGAAGUCUUGUCCAGAACACUCAUCGCAUCUGACGUUGGACAAUUUACACAACAACCAAAUGACAAUCAACAACAACCUUGCACAGAUAACAGAUACAACCCAUACGUGUACCGAGCACCGUACCAAGACCGUGGCGUUGGCUGGGAUCCUGGAUUUGAAGACAUGCGUCGUGUCGUAUGUUCUGCUGAUCCUGAACAGAAUCGUCCUGGCGUGGCUGCUGAGUGGUGUGCUGACCCGAUAAUAAAGACUGUAGUGCUGACAAUGAAAGAAUGCUGGUCAAGCCGUGUUAACACCCGCCUGGAAUCGAUGCGUGCUAAAAAGACUCUAGCUAAGCUCAUUGAGCAAUAUUCCGCCACAGAGACUGAACGGCAGCGUAAAUCAGAGCUUGAACCAGUUAAUAAUGAAAACUAAGACAACGAAUCAGUUGUGAUGUUAAAUACAUAAAUAUGAACAUUGAUUACUAUUGACUUCCAGUUAUAAAUGACAGUGGCUGCAGUAAAAACUACUGUAAUCAAGAAAAUAUAUUGUAUUUUCUGUAAUCCCUCCUACACUUGUUCGUUUGUACAAUGUUAGUUAUGUAAUUUUUUUUUAAUAUUUACAUGCUGUUAUAUAAUAUUAUGUACAAUACAAUUUUUUAACAAUAAUAAUUAUAAAACUACU